AUAUAAACUCACAGGCUGUGUUUGCAAACAUAAACAGAGGGAAAUUUCUCCGGGUUAACUGUCCAUCGGGUAGAUCACAGUGAAAGUGCUGACAUGAAACUCGGGUUGCUUGUUGUGGUGGCUGUGGCAGUUCUGCUGCCCAGCUUUUCUGAGAGCCGGAUCGUCUCCAAAUGCGAGCUCAAAGACAAGCUUGGGAAAGUGAUACGUCUGCCCAGGACACUCUUGGCUAUAAUUGUCUGUGAAGUGGACAGGAUCUCUCAUCUGAACACCAGCUUGGUCAAUGUGCUUGGCAAGCGCACAACUACCACACUAAAGCCAACAACCCCCUCCACAACAGCAGUCACCUUAACGACCACUGGAGCGACGACACUUACAAGCACCAACUCUACUACAACUGCUAUUACUACUACUACUACUGUCAUGACUACUAACUCCACCAUCAGCUCAGUGAACACAACCCUUGUGUCAAACAGCACAAGUGGCAUGAACAGAAGAAAGCGACAUGCUCACUCGAGCAGUGAGGAGGAGAUCGGGCAAAUUGGCGGAGGAGAGGAAGACAGCAGUGAGGAGGAAAACUUGAAGCCUUCGUCCCUCGGCCUUUACGGGCUCUUCCAGCUGCCUGACAACAUUUUCUGUAAUUCGGGGCUUCGUCCAUCCAGAAAUGUUUGCCGCACCUCCUGCAACUCCUUCACUGACAAUAACAUAACUGACGAUAUUGCUUGUUUCAUCAACACUGGUUACUGGAGGAACAUUGUGAGGAGAGCCUCUCACUCAUGUCGUCACAACAUGAAUUUCUUAAGAGAAUGUAAAUAAGUGGAUGUGGAAUCACAGUUUUUCCCUGCAGAAUCACAAAAAAUUCUUCACAGUUUCCAUCUCCAGUGAUCUGUGAUUAAGGAACCGCAUGCUCCAUUAUCUACUUUACCUUAUGAAGCACUAUUUUCUUUCUUUGGUGGAGGAAUCUUUCAAUAAACAUUACUUUGC